AUGUAAGCAUCAUAAAAUCAAAAGAAAAAUAAGGAUAUUCUAUCUUAAGAAGUAUUUUUAUGUUAUAAUAUUAUUAGAUUUAAGAGAUUCUAUCUAAAUUCUCGGAUGAAGAUUACAUCAUUAUAAAGCCUGCAUUAUUUAAUUUAUAAGCAUAGGAUUUGGCAAAUAUUACAGCUAAAAAAAUUAUGGAGGCUUUGUAAAAUGCUUUUGAUAAACAACAUAGUGAUAGAGAUGUCAAAGUACAAAAUUUCAUAUUUAAAAUAUUAGGUUUUGAGAGUUGAAUUUAGAACUCAAAUCAUGGAUGAAGACUUUUCUGAUAAGAUUAUUUGUGAUCAAAAAUUUAAUAAUUACAAAAAUAAUGAUUUUUUAAAAGAAUUACUUAAAGAUUGCAUUUAUAGGGAUGAUGCCAAUUUUUUAUAAAAUGAAAUAAAUGAUGAAGAAAAUGAAGAAGUUAUUACUUUUAGUUUUACAGAUUAAAAAAUUAAUGAGAAUGAUGUAACAUUAAUUGAUGCAACUUAAAAAAGAAUAAAGAUCAACAAAUUGUUAGAAAUUAAUAAAAUGGUUUAAAAAUUAGAGAAAGCUCUAAAAAAUAUUUCUGUAGUUGAAAUUGAAAUGUAUAAUAUAGAGGAGGCUUCUCUAGAUCCUAAACUAGAUAGUCCACUAACUGUUACAUUACGAUUUUAAAAGAAAUAUUUAAUUCAUCUUUUAAAUUUUUAAUUUCAUAUUAUUCCUAAUUCAAAACCAGUUUACAUUAAUUUUUCAAAAGCAUAAAUUUUAGAAGAUAAUUUGCAAUGUUAAGAUUAUUCGAUAAAAAUGGGUAAAAUGCCAUUUAAAUUAAAUGAUUUAACACUUUCAUAUGUAGUUGGAGAAUAUGUAAAAGAUAUUUAAUUAGAUUCUAAAUUGAAUGAACCAUUUAAUUUAUUUUUGACUAAGUAUUUUAGAUUCUAAGAUUUACAAUAAGAGUUAAAAAGGAUUCAAGUUCAUAUGAUGUUUCAUUGUGAAGAAUCUAAAUUAUUUAGAAGAGUUGAAUUUAUAAUGAAUGUUCUAGAUAAAUUUUUAUUAAGAAUAGAAGUAGAUUUAGUAAAUUGUUAAUAUUGUCAUGCAACUUCAGAUUAAUUUGGAAAAUCAUUGUAUUUAAAAUUAUUAUGUCCACCGAGUUACAGUAUAUCAUUGAAUACAAAAAGAAAAUUUGAAUUAUUUAAUGUGAAAUAGGAUUGGAUAAGAGUGGAUAAUAUAUUAUAGAACGCAUAUUAUAAUAAAUAUAAGAAUGAGAUAGAGAGAUUAAUAAUGAUUAAUAAUACUAUGAUAAAAGCAAAUUUUACAAUAAAGUAAGGUUCAAAGGAAGAGUUGUUAUAUAAUACAAUUUUGCAUAAAUUAAAAAAUUAUAAUUUAAUGUUGUCAGAUGAAAUAAAGUUGUAAUUUUAAGAAUUGAGGAGUAGAGACUAAGAAUUAGAUAUUUUAUAGAAUACUUUAGAAUAGAGUAAUUUGAGUUUUGAAUAGAGAUAUAAUAUAUUAUGUGUAGUUUCAUAGAAUAGGAUAACAGAUAUAAAAUAUUUAAAUAGUUUAAUAAAAAGAGUAUGUUAAUAUAAGGAUAGAUAAUAGAAUUAAGAGAGGAGAGAGAAUUAAUAAUUGGAAGAGAAGAGAAGAGAGAAAGUAUUGGAGGCAACAUUUUAAUUGUUUUCAAGAUAUAGUACAGAUUUGAAUUAUUCUGUGAGAUAAUCAGAAUUAAAUAAGAAGAAUUAUUUAAAAUUUAAGAGAGAUUUAUAGAGAUGUGAUAAUGAUGUGAUUGAGUUAGUAAAUUAGGAUGAAGAGAAAAGAAUAGCAUUAAUAAAGAGAGUAUCAUUAACACCAUCUGGAUAUUUAUAUAAUAUAAAAUUACCAGAAGAGACAAGUGUAAUAAUAAGAUAAUAUUUUGAUUAAUUAAAUAAUUUUAUAAGAUUGCAUUUUGAAGAUGAGAAUUUAGAAACAAUACAUGGACAUCAUUAUAUAACAGAAUAUUUUUAUAAAUAAAAGUUAAAAAAUGGAAUGGAAUUAUUUGGAGAAGAAUUUAGAUUAUUAACAUGGAGUGCUUCAUAAUUAAGAGGAGGAUCAUGUUGGAUUUUUAAUUAUAAAAAAGCAAAAAUAACAAGAUAAAAAUUUAUAGAUUCAAUAGGUAAUUUUAAUACAUUGAAUAUGGAUUAAGUAGCUAAGAAUGCAGCAAGAUUAGGAUAGAAUUUUAGUUCAAGUAAAUCAAUUAAUUUAAAUGAAAUUAAUGUAAAGGUUGGAGUACCUGAUAAGGUUGGAGAUAAUGGGAAAUUAUAUACUGAUGGAAUAGGAAAGAUAUCUAGAAAUUUAAUAGAUAAAAUUAGAACGGUUAUGAAUAAUCCAUGUAUUUCAGCUAUUUAAAUAAGAUUUCAUGGAGCAAAAGGUGUAUUAUUAUUAAAUGAUGAUUUAUCUAAAAAUACAAUAGAAUUGAGAAGGAGUAUGGUUAAAUUUAAUCCUAGUUUAAUGAAUGAUGGAUAAUAUUCAACUAUGAUAUCAUUGUUAGAUUAUAAUAAAUAUAGAGGUGGAUACCUAAAUAGAUAAAUAAUAAUAUUAUUAGUAACUUUAGGUAUAUAAGAUAGUGUAUUUAUGUAAUUUUAAAAAGGUAUUAUAAUAUAUAUGAAUUAAUUAGAAUAUUUGGAAAAGAUAUAGAAUUUAUCAGCUAUAGAUUCAUCAAUUUAUAAACAUUUUUUAGUAGAUUAUAAUGGAGAAUUAUAAGGAUUACCAUCAAUUAUAGACAAUAUAAGAUUGAUGAUAAAAGCAGAUUUGAAUGAAAAAAAUAAUAUAUUUAUUAAAAAGGUAUUAGAUCGUUUAAAAAGAAGAGGUUUAAUGUAAUUAAGAACUAAAUGCAAUAUUUUAAUAGAUAAAGCAGCUAGAGUUUUGGGUGUAGUAGAUGAUUAUAAUAUAUUAAAUGAAGGAGGUAUAUAUAAAAUAAUAUGAUUUUAAAUAGAAGUUGUAUGCAUUGUAAAGAUAUCUUAAGAUUCUAUACAUACAUAUGUAGAAGGUGAAAUAAUUGUAGUUAGAAAUCCAUGUUUACAUCCAGGUGAUGUAAGAAAAGUUAGAGCAUUAUCAGAAAAAGAAAUUCUUAAAAGAUGUAAUAAAAAUCCAUUUUCUGAAUAUUUUAAUUGUAUAGUAUUUCCAUGUAAAGGAAAUUCUAUUCCUGCUGAAUGUGCUGGUGGUGAUCUUGAUGGAGAUAUUUAUUUUGUUUCAUGGGAUCCUAAAAUAAUACCUAAAGAUAUUCAUCCACCUAUGAAUUAUGAUGAAGAAAAAAAAGUACCAUCUACUUAAGUUAAUCCUAAAGGUUAUAUAUAAUCUGAUGAUUACUUUCAAGAAGAUAAAAUGAUUGAUUUCUUACUUCAAUAUCUUAAUUUUGAUGUCUUGGGUAAAAUUGAUAAUAGUCAUCUUGCAAUUGCUGAUAGAUCACCUGAUUAUGCUAAAGAUAAUAAAUGUAUUAGAUUAGCUGAAUUACAUUCUGCUGCUGUUGAUUAUGUUAAACAUGGAAAUAAAGUUGAUAUACCAUAAGAUCUAGUAACUAAAAAAUGGCCUGAUUUUAUGGAAAAAGAUUCACUUGUUUAUGAAUCUUAAAGUAUUCUAGGAUUACUCUAUAGAGAUGUCUUAAAAUUUAUUAAUUAAGAACCUUAACCUAUCUUAGCUGGAUAUAAUUAAAAAUAUUUAUUAGAUAUAGAUACUAGAUUUAUUUACAAAUUCUUACAUUAAAAUGAAUUAGUUGAAAUUGAAAACUAAAAUAAUCUUUAUCAAUAAUACUACCAAAAUGAUUAUUAAUAAUAUAUCACUUAAUCCAUUUGUAAAAAUGCAUUAUUAUGUUUAAAUCACAUUUUCGAAAAUUUUGAUUCCUUAAGAAAAAUGUAUGAUAUCAAUAAUGAAUAUGAAAUAUACACUGGAUAUUUCACUAAUUUUACUUAAGGUGAAGGAACUAGAUUAAAAGUAUCAAUUAUUUAUCAUUUAAUCUUAGAAAAAACUUAAUGUAGAAAAUGUUUAAAAAAGAGUCAUUCUAAGUCUUGUUUAACUUAAACAUGAAAUUUCUAAAACAUUAUCCACUAAUGAACAAGAAAGAUUAUCAGAAAUUUCCAUUAUUCAUUUCCUUAUGAUGUAUUCACCUGAUUCCCAUCAAAAUCAAUUAAAACAAUCUCAAUCAUUACACCAUUAUGAAAAAGAAUUAUUCAAGGCGUUUAUAAAAAAUCAAGAGAUCUAUACAUUAUUUAGUCGAUUAAAAACCAAAUUUCCAUUAUGGUAUAGAGGAUGCAGUUGGUUCUUCUUUUCAAAAGAAAUCUUAAGUUUUGCCUAAAAUAAAUAAGAUGAAGACGAGCUAAUUUGA